AUGGUGCCCGUCAGGAAGCCGGGCAGACCUCUUAGUAGCUGUCCUCAUCCGGCAUCACGCCCAUGCUCUUGCGGAAGGGUCACGGCUGCCAUACCUAAGAAACAAGCCUGCCAUUGUGGUCCUAGCAAAGGUGCUGAAUCACCAACUCUUCACCCCGAGAAUGGCGACAGUGCAAAUAGCUCUGCACCCCAAAGUCCGACUAGCAAGACCCCGGGCUCAGGCUAUCGAGUGCAGAAGACGAGUUCCAAGGGGAGCAACUCGAGUCGAAGAGAAUCGGUUGAUCCGACGGCUUUGCAGCGGAUGGAUCCCAAAAUGCUCAACAUCCUACCUUCUUUUGAGGACGCCACUCCAAAGUCUACUACACCUCUUGCUGAUAUAAACCCCUACGGGAGCAUGGGCAUGACCCCCGCGGAAAGCCCCUUUGGUCCUGUCAUGUAUCCAAUGUUCCAACAAGUCCAAACCCCUAUUCUGAGCCCGAAUAGCUCGAAAACGACAAUGGUCAACCACGCAGGUUCAAUGACAGCCACGCAAAUUCUGGAAGAACCAAGCCCGCCUGCACCCAAAGUAGGCUCCUGCUGCGGAGGAGGGAAUGCCCAAAACGCGGCCUCUACUCCUAUAACACUCGCGUCUGUACCGAGUCCUCCAAAACCCAAAAAGAGUUGCUGUUCAUCGAAGAAUGAUUCACCCAAGUCUGACCAAAAGACUGACACUAUACCACCUGGCGACUUACCUACGCCUAAUAGUAUGAUGAUACCUUUUCCGGCACCCGUCAUGAUGCCUAAUGGCAUGUAUGCCUACUAUCCUCAACCAACAGUAUUCACCUACCCACCUCAGUAUGGAUCGUAUUUGCAGCCUCUUCAACCGGAACAAUGGAGACAAGUCAUGGCUACCAUGACGUUUGCUAGCCAAGGAGGCAUGCCGUCACCCUAUGGUAUGCCUGGUGCAACGCCAUUCCAAACUCCGCACCCCACCACGGGCACUUCUCAUCAAUGCAGUUGUGGUGCUUCGUGUGAGUGUGUAGGCUGUGCAGCUCACCCAUAUAACGAGGCGACGCAGAAUUAUGUGCGAUCGGCCUGGCAGAGCAUGAUGGACACAGGUUACACCCAUGUCAAUGGGCACAGUAACGGGCACAGCAACGGGCAUGUCAACGGUGGCGAGAUACCAGCAACAAACGGCCACAGCAUGAACGCAAACACUGCGGCUGCACCCUCUAUCGGUUCGGCUGAGGGCACCGUGUCGCCAGUCGCCCCACAGACUCCUUCCGAAGCAGCUUCCGGUCUUAGUGAAGAGCAGGCAUUGUCGGCUAAUGACUUCUUCUUUGUCAGCUAUCCAUUUGGAGACUCGUGUGCAGGAGAGGAAGCGAGUUGCCCGUGCGGAGAUGACUGCCAAUGCUUGGGAUGUGUCAUUCAUGGCAACAUUGAAGCAGAGGUGGAAGCAGGGAGCCAGGCCUAG